CAUCAUUGUGAAUUGGAGAAAAGAAAAUCUGUUCAAUCCAGUUUGUUUUAAAAGCCAUCUGCAACACAAAAGCAAGGAAGAUGAUGACUGGCAGAAUAUAACUGGAAACAACAUGUACUCUGUCACAAUACCAAAAUCAGACAACGAAAAGUGCCAUUUCUUCCGUGUAAGAAUGAAAUGGAAUGAUGUUUGUGAUAGUGGCAGCGAUUGGAGUAAGUGGAGUCCCUUGGUCAUUUGGAGAAAUGGUUCUGUAUUAGACUCCUGCCAUGAUAACCCAACAAAGAAUGAAAGAAUAUUAUCCAGUACUAACCCCAAUGCACCAUUUCUAAUUAUUGUGUUAAUGGCUGCUAUUGCUAUGCUGUUGUAUUGUACAUACAAAACCAAAAGAUUAAGACAGUUAUUAAUCCCUGAAAUACCAGACCCAAAGCAUGUAUUUGAUGAUCUAUUCAGUUAUUAUGAUGGAAAUCUCCAGGUGUGGCUGGAUGCUUUUGAAGCUUCCAACGACGAAUUUAAACUGAUGGAGUGUAAACAUAUUUGCAUUGUUGAGGUGCAGCCAGAACAGGAACAGGAAGUGGAGGAAACAAUGAUAAAUUAUGCAAGUGAGAACCAGAUCAGUUGUGAGAUAUCUCAUGUAAACACAGCUGAGACAUCUGUGGUCUCUGAUAAUCCCAAAACUGAGGAAAAAGCUGACUUUGAAUUGAACGAAAACAUGUAUGUGACAUGGUAAUACUAGCAAAACAAGUUAGGCUUGUUUUAAAUUGUCUCAGAGAAAGCUGGUUAUCUACUUGAGGAGCUACAGUAUCAAUCCCUGCUUACCAGGAGAUUACAGAUUUUUUUUAGCUGGAAUGAUGUAUUUAAUCUAGUUUCAGAAAGAUCUAAAUUCAUUUUCUCAGAAACAUCAUUAUUAUUAAUUAUUAUUAUUAUUAUUAUUAUUUAUUCUUAGCAGACACCCUUAUCCAGGGCGACUUACAAUUGUUACAAGAUAUCACAUUAUUUUUACAUACGAUUACAUUAUUUUUUACACAUUAUUUUUACAUACAAUUACCCAUUUAUACGGUUGGGUUUAUACUGGAGCAAUCUCGGUAAAGUACCAUGCUCAAGGGUAGAGCAGCAGUCCCCCACCUGGGACUGAACCCACGACCCUCCAGUCAAGAGUCCAGAGCCCUAACCACUACUCCACACUGCUGCCCUUCCAUAUAAUUUUACUUGCAUCGACCUUAAUCUACCUGUGGUUAUACUUCAACUGAUAACACCAAUAUAUUGCUCAUGUAUUCAAUCAUAAGCACAAUGUCUAUGUAUAAAAUGUAAUUUUUCAGUAGCUGCUAUAUGGUAUAAUAUGUGACAUUCAUGUUCAAAUGUCCCUUUCAAUGUACGUUGAUUACUCAAUACAUUUGUAUUGCACAAGAGCCCUACCUUUAAAAUACACUUAAUAUUAUAUGACCAAGCAUUAUCUUCCAGUAUUAAUUUGUUUGUAACACUUUAUAUUAAGGUGCUGCUUAUUAAUGUUUUAUGAAUAUUUUAUAAAUGUAUAAUAUAAGCUUAAUAACUAUGUGUUAAUAAAGCAGUAUAGAUGGUUUAUAACCAUGCAAUAGCCAUAGAUGGAAUUACGAUUACACAUCCCAAAGUAGAAUAGGUGUCUAAAAACUGUCCCCUUUAUAAAACUGUAAAUCCGUCUAUGGCUAUUUCAUGGUUAUAAACCAUCUAAAAUGUUUUUUUAUUGACACUCUAUAACAUAUGUAACAUAGUUAUUAAGCAUCUAUUAUACAUUUUUAAAACAUUUAUACAACAUGAAUAAGCAGCACCUUAAUAUAAAGUGAUAGCAAUUCGUUUUCAAAUUGUAUUCUUCCAUGUAGAGGGACUAUGGGACUUUCAUUGUCUGUGCUUGAGUUCAAUUGUAAUCAAAUGACAAUGGUAGCUUCACAAAGUGUCAAUGGCUAGUGUCUGUUAAUGCAAUAGAAAAAAAAAACUGAAUGCAAACACUGACAACAAAAAAACAUCCCUGGAACUUAGACAACCUAAAAUAGUAGUACUAAGCUGAUAACAAUGUAAUAAUUAUAAUAAUCACAUGUGCUUAUCAUAUUCACACAUGCUGUUUGUAAAAUAAAUGUGUCUACUGCACCCAGAAUUGGCGAUAAGGAGA